GGCGGAAGCCACGCCCCCGAGUCCCUGAGGCUGGGUCAGUCGACGCAGAGCCGCCGAAGGGGGAGGACGCGUGAAGGCGGAAGAGGAAGCCGGAAGCAGGAAGUGGAGGAGGGGGGAAGCACCCCUGCAUCGAAUGGGGCCACCAUGUGGGCAGCCUGCUGCAAUUGGUUCUGCCUGAAUGGCCAGCCGGAGGACAUGGCCCACCGCCCGCCGUCUGGGAGUCGGGCCUAUGCCAACGCCGGCUACAGCGCCUUCCCUUCGCCCAGCAGCCCCGACCCUCCCACCUGCAAGGCCUGUGGGGGACCCUUCGGAAUCCCCCCAAUCAAGAACGUCUGCCAGGACUGCAAGAAGAGCUUCUGCGCCGCCUGCUCGCACUGCCUCGAUGGGGGACUGUGCCGUUGCCUCCUCUGUGAACGCUUCCGGGCCACGGCCUUCCGGCGUGAGGACCUGAUCAAGAUGAAGGUCAAGGACCUGCGGGACUACCUGGAGCUGCGGGACAUCUCCACCACCACCUGCCGCGAGAAGGACGAGCUGGUGGGACUCAUCCUCAGCCAGCGGGAGCCCAACCCAGGGCAGCAGGAGCCUCCUCCAGCGGAGACUCCCUCCCGGGUCCCGGAUGAGUGUUUGCAGGUUGCAAUGGACCCCCAGGUGCAGGUGGAGCAGCCGGCCCAGGCCAAUGGACAGGCGCUGCCCAGCCAAGACAUGGCGGACGUCGAGGAGGCAGCGGACCGGCGGAACGAAGAGGAGACGCAGUCCAUCAACUCGGAGGACAACCUGGUCCCCGGUCGGAGGGCCUCCCUCUCGGACCUGACCAGCCUCGGGGACAUCGGCGGCCUCUCCGUCCGGCAGCUGAAGGAGAUCCUGGCCCGCAACUUCGUCAACUACAAGGGCUGCUGCGAAAAGUGGGAGCUGAUGGAAAGGGUCACCCGCCUCUACAAGGAGAAGGACCUCCAGCAGCUCGGUUCCGACACGAACGACCCGACUGUCCCGCCGCCCAGCGCUACCUCACAGCCGCCAUCUUUGGAGGAGAACCUCUGCAAGAUCUGCAUGGACUCGGCCAUCGACUGCGUCCUCCUGGAGUGCGGCCACAUGGUCACCUGCACCAAGUGCGGGAAGCGCAUGAACGAGUGCCCCAUCUGCCGCCAGUAUGUCAUCCGGGCCGUCCACGUCUUCCGGACUUAGCGGGAAGGGAGCCAUCUUAUCGGCCAUCUUGGCCCAGGAAAUGCCUGCGGACCGAGCCUCAGGAGCCCUCGGGUGGGGCGAGAGGC